UCUACGAAUGCAAUUUGAAUGAUAUAUCUAACAAGUUCCAAAUGAGUUAAAAUGUUUUAUCGUAAAAGGACAAUUGAUGACACAUCAUUUCAAAAUCCUCUACUGCAACUAGAAAAAACACAGUUGAUAGAGCAACAUUCUCAUCAAGAAGAAUCUGUGGACGACGUGCUUUCACAACUUGAGAAUGUUCCAAGAGUUGUCAUCAACAGGACAGUGCUUAACCAAAAUGCCUUAGAUGAAUUGAUUCCACGUCACCCUAAAAUACAACAACCUUUACCCAGUCAGAUACGUGAUAUUGUAAAGUCAAGGUGUGGGUGUUCCACAGAGUGUUUGGGCUAUUUCUUCAGGAAUUUGUUUGCUAUUACAAAGUGGCUACCACAUUACAGUAUUCGAGAAUGUCUGCUGGCAGAUGUUGUCGCUGGUCUAACUAUAUCAAUCAUGCAUGUUCCUCAGGGUAUGGCUUAUGCUCUGUUAGCAUCUGUACCACCCAUUUAUGGACUUUAUACAUCUUUUUAUCCUUCUCUUAUCUAUUUUCUUAUGGGCACAUCUCAUCAUGUUUCUGUUGGAACUUUUGCCAUCACUAGCCUUCUCACAAGCAUCGCCAUUGAGAGUGUUAGAGAUGAUCUUUCAGUAGUACGCCAAGCACCAGUACUUACACAAUCUGCUAUAAAUGGAAGUUGGACAACAGAACAAGAUGCAACAACAGCGGUAUUAUCUGCGGAAAGAGAUCUUCUAUAUCCAUACACAGCAAUUCAAGUAGCUAUGCUGGUGACAUUCACAAGUGGUUUACUGCAGGCUAUCAUGGGAAUAUUCAGAUUAGGCUUUCUUACUGUUUUUAUGUCUGAUGAGAUGGUCAGUGGCUUUGUAACUGGAUCAGCUAUCCACGUAUUGACUAGUCAGAUGAAACCCCUUACUGGUAUUAAAUUCAGCACAUAUUCAGGACCCUUCAAUAUUAUUCUGUCCUGGUUUGCCCUGUUUGCCAAUAUUACCUCAGCCAAUUACAUUGUUGUCCUUCUUUCACUGACAUCAAUUUUGCUUUUGGUUGUCAUCAAGGACUUUAUCAACAUUCCUUUUAAAGAUAAAUUUAAAAUUCCUUUGCCUGCAGAGUUGAUUCUGGUCAUCACUGGGACAGUAACAUCUCAUUAUCUUAAGUUACAUCAUUUAUAUGAUGUUGAUGUUGUUGGUGAUAUUCCCACUGGUCUCCAAGCUCCAGAAUCUCCUCCAUUUGAACUUCUUCCUCAGGUACUGACUUCAAGUAUCAUUCUGUCUUUGGUGUCAACUGUGUCUUCCUUAUCCAUAGUAAUUAUUUAUGCCAAAAAACACAAGCUUGAAGUUGACAUGAAUCAGGAACUAUUGGCUUAUGGAGUAGCCAAUAUUUUCUCGUCCUUUUUCUUCUGUUUUCCAAGUUCUGUGUCACUGUCAAGAAGUGCAGUACAAGAUGCAACAGGAGCUAAGUCUCAGAUUACUAGUUUGGUGUCCUGUGGUUUAGUGUUAAUAGUCUUGCUUGUAUUGGGACCGUUUUUUGAAGCUCUGCCCAAUUGUGUAAUUGUCUGUGAUAAUAUGUAG